AAAACCAAACCUACACCCUGUAGACUUUAGCUCAUGGAAGUUAGUUCCAGUAGUGGCUGAUGAAGAGAAACUCAAGCUUCCUGUUUCUUUACACUUUCACUCCAGUUGAAACUAUUUGAAUCAAAGACGAGAGGAGGAGAGUCAGAAGAGUCUGUUCAUGAUCUGAAGAAGAGUUCAAACUCGUGGAGUUCUUGGAGUUCUGACAGGAAGAUGAAGACGUUGGUGGUGUUUGUGAUCCUGGUUCAUGUUUCCCAGCAUGCUCUGGCAGGUGUGCUGCAGGUGUAUGAGGGGGCGGAGUCUGUCCUGAUAACCUGCCAUUACUUGGGUUAUUUACCUGUGGACCCCACAGUGAUUUGGACCCGGAGCGAUCUCAGUCCCAAAUUAAUCCACAAACGAGGAGAAACAGAUGAAGUUGAACGUCAGAACCAGGUUUACAGGGGGAGGACAUCGAUGACGCCUGAUGCUCUGGACACUGGAGACUUCAGCCUCACUCUGAGAAAACCCCACCUCUCUGACAGCGGCAACUACACCUGCUCCAUCACUGAUGGAAGAGAAGAAGUGAGAGUGACAGACGUACAUCUACAGGUCAAAGACCUAGCAGGUGGAGGUGGAGGUGCAGGAAGGGGCGGAGUCUGUCAUCCUACCAUGUAAAACAAGCACUGACCUGCCUGAGGACAUCACAGUGGAGUGGACUCGCUCUGAACCAGAACUCAUCAUGGUCCAUGUGUAUCAAGAUGGAACAAACCAACUCAACAAACAGGACAAUCUUUACUGUGGCCGAACAAAGAUGAAUGAAGACCUGCUGGAAACUGGAGACCUCAGUCUGACCCUGAAAUACCCCACAGAGAGAGACUCUGGAUCAUACAUCUGCACCGUCUACAGAGGCCAAGACAUCCUGAGACAGAAAGUAGUGCUGCACCACCUAAAAGCACCACCUCCAGUCUGGCCUAAAGUUCUUGUGGUUCUCCUGUUUCUCCUGGUUGUUGUUCUUGGUGUCGUUGGGGGUCUUUUGUUUCAUUUUCGACACUACUUCAUGUCAGAAUACCAGGUGGUGGUGGAUCCAGGUGAGGAGUCUGUCCAGCUGCCCUGCAAAACCAUAACUCGCCUUCCUAAAGACACUAGAGUGGAGUGGACGGACAGAAAGAACACGAAGGUCCAUGUGUAUGAGAACGGUUCUGACCGUCCUGAAGAACAGAACCAGUUUUAUAGAAACAGAACGAAGAUGAAGAGAAACCUGAAAACUGGAGACCUCAGUCUGACCCUGAAAUACCCCACAGAUGUAGACACCAACACCUACAUCUGUAGAGUCUACGACAAGGAGGGAGAGAUACUGAGAGAGAAACAAGUGAUACUCAACGUGAAAGUCCUCCAGGUGGAGGUGGAUCCAGGGGCGGAGUCUGUCCAGUUGUCCUUCAGAACCACAGAGCUGCCUGGAGACACUAUAGUGGUGUGGUGGGACAGAAACUUCAGGAAGGUCCAUGUGUAUAAGAACGGCUCUGACCGUCCUGAAGAACAGAACCAGAUUUAUAGAAACAGAACGAAGAUGAAUGAAGACCUGCUGGAAACUGGAGACCUCAGUCUGACCCUGAAAUACCCCAGAGAUGGAGACAGUGGAUGGUUCAUCUGUUUAGUCUUUGACAAGGAGGGAAAGAGACUGAGAGAGAAAAGAGUGGAGCUCACAGUGAAAGACAGAGUCCAGGUCCAGGAUGUAACGUCUCCUCUUAUGGCUGAAGAGUCAGUUUGAUCAGGUUGUUGAUCUUUGAUCAUUGAUCAGUGAAGGAUCUGAUGGACGAUGGAUGAAGAGAGGAGGACGCUCUGUCACCUCCUGGUCCUGGGGCUCGUUGCACAAAAUCAAGAUAAGGGAUGAAGCUGGGAUGUGUUGAUUAUCCUGGAUGAACUUAUCCAGGAUCUGGUUGCACAUAAGUGAGACGUUACCAUAGAGAUUUACGGUAUUACGGUAUUCUGUGGAGCUAGCAUGCUCCAGACCAAGCUAAGUUCCAGGAUUUAUUUAAUCUCAUGCUUUAUCUCAGUCACCACAAAUGGACAGUGGAGGCAUGUUGUGUUAUGUGCUCAGCCACUGACUGUUUGACUCUAUUUCUGGUUAAUGUUGGGCUUGUGUUGUCUUAGUGGAUCUGUGACGCAAAAAGAAUUUUAAAGUUUAUAUACAGAGAAGCCACCGUGCUUAUGUAAGUUGCGUCUUCGGACUGUUUACCUGAGAGACCUAUAUUUUGUUAACCUGUUGCUAAGAACUGUUAAAUUGAAAGUGGUUAACGUUUGUGCUGAGGUCCCAUUAGAAAAGUAAAGCUGAGUAUUUUACUGUUGAGAACUGGUGUGGUAUGUUUUGUUACGCUUUAAAUGUGAGAGAUGAGCGAGCCAACCUCAGGGGGGCGGUCCUAAACAUGGCCUCCUCCUUCCUCCAUUUUGUUUUGUGUCUCACUCCUUGUUGUCGCUCCACAGCGCCCUCCUGGUCGGAAAAGGCCGUAACAAGCAACUGACGUUUUUUUUCUACUCUGUACAUAGAAAACUAUAGCGCCACCGCGCUAGAGUAUUGAACGUCCUGCUUGCUCUUGUCUUUUUCUACCCUGUAUAUAGACAGCGCCACCGCUCCACCGUUCAACAGCUGAAAGCUCUGAACUGUAUUAAAUGUAAAGCUUUCAUAAAGUUCUGAAUUACUCAUUCAGUUAUUUCUUUGAUA